GUUGAUGAAGCCGCCCCCUUGAGGAUUAGUCUCUCGAUGCCCCCUGCUUUCGAUGGUAUCUCCGGUAGCUUUAAGGAUUGGCUAAGACGUUAUGAGCAAUGUGCCCUUGCCGCCGGAUGGUCCACUCAACAGCAGGCAGAACGCCUUGGUCUGUACUUGAAGGAACCCUUUCUAUCUGGUUGGGAUGCUUAUGCUAAGAAGGUGAACUUCGAGGAAGACAAGAAGUCCCUCCUGAAGAUAUUUGAUCAUGUCCGUCCCCACCGAGCCCUGAAACAGUUCCAAGAACUACGCUGGUCCAAAGGUCAGCACCCGGCUCUCUAUGCUGCAGCCCUACAACGACACCUCAACCGGUACUAUACCAAGGAGAAGUUCCCCGAACUCUCUGAAGCGGACAGGACUAAGAACAUGGAGGAGAUGAUCAUCGACCGACUGAAGGCAGAUCUACCCCCCAUGGUCCGGUUCCAGCUCCUCUUGAAAGAGCCUAAGAACCUCAAGGAGGCCUGUAUAAUGUGUGACAGCGUUCUUGCCCUUGACGACGUUAACCCCAACACCAUGGUCGAGACACCAGCUAAGGUUGCCACAGCCGCUGGUGUUCUCGGUAGCCAACCGGCCGAUGACUCUACGGAUACGCUCACGAAAGCUGAUGCCAAGCGUAUCGAACAGAAGCUCUGUUAG